AGAUUUUGAAGGGCACACUGCUGCUGUGUGUUAUUCGCUGUGAGAAGCUGCUGGCCCUUUAAGAGAAUCAGGUUGGGUUUGUCUGAGCAUCAACAUGCAGCAGAUUUCAGACAGCAGCAGCAGCAGCAGGCUGUAGGCUAAUGGAAGAGACCCGGGCUUCACUGAAGCAGCCAGACCAGACCAGACAGCGAGCUAACCAGCUAACCUACCUCGUGGAAAAUCAGCCAGCGUCUGUCGGAAUGGGGGAUAGGGAUUAUUAAAUCAGCUCCUGAUGAGAAGAUAAAUCUGUCCCACAGCAGUGAAGAUGGUGUCGUGGCUCAUUUCGCGGAUGGUGGUCCUGGCCUUCGGGACCCUCUACCCAGCUUAUUCUUCCUAUAAGGCAGUGAAGACGAAAAACGUUAAGGAAUAUGUCAAGUGGAUGAUGUACUGGAUAGUGUUUGCAUUAUUUUCGACAGCAGAGACGAUUACAGAUAUGCUUCUCUCCUGGUUCCCUUUUUAUUUUGAGCUGAAAAUUGCCUUUGUGAUCUGGCUGCUAUCACCGUACACAAAAGGCUCGAGUGUUCUGUACCGAAAGUUUGUGCACCCCACGCUGUCCAACAAGGAAAAGGAGAUUGACGAGUACAUCACUCAGGCGAAGGACCGCAGUUAUGAGACGAUGAUGCGGUUUGGAAAGAGGGGGCUGAACAUUGCAGCUACAGCAGCAGUGACUGCAGCCGCUAAGGGCCAGGGUGUGUUGUCAGAGAAGCUGCGCAGUUUCAGCAUGCAGGACCUGACCCUCAUUCAGAAUGAGGAGGAGCUGCAGCUGGAUGGCACUGAAGAUACACACACCGCUGCUACACUGCCCCGUGCGAAAACAACCACGCGGUCAGUACGUGCCACAACAAUCCAACCUGAGACUGAAUCUCCGCCAAGUUCCCGCUCUGACGGCGACCAAUCAGAUGCCAGGACUGAGCACUCGGAUGAGGACGCUGCUGAUAAAGCACCCAAGCGAACAACCAGCGUCCGAGCAGCCAAGAAAACAGCCCCUGCUAAAACAGAGACGACAACGACGAAGACAGUGAAGAAACAGCCAAAGAAGAAGACCACCACCACUACCAGCAAUACCGCUGAGACCCCUUGAGUCUGCUGAGAUCCAGCUGUGGCCAGAUAUACGCAUACAAACAUAUAUACACACCGCAUAUAUACUGUUUAUCUGACUAUAAACACAACUGCGCUGACACACACGCACACACGCACACAAUCUCAUUCACACAGCAAAGUCUUUGUCCAAGCUUGGUUCUCUUGUGUGCGGAUUUCUUCAUACAUAUUCAGCACCACCUCAAAUAUUCAGCAAACUCAUCAUCAGAGUUAAUAUCAUGCAUCUCUUAUGUGUGUUUGUGUGUUUGUGUGUGUGUAUAAGUAUGAGUGUUUGCUGGUAGGUGGAGGUAUCUUCUACAUUCUCUGUAGGCCUUACUGUUACUUGAGAGUUUGCUAGAGCAGCACUAGAGCAGUCAGCAUUGUUCUUAUCAUAGAUCUAGUCCAAGUAUUCACACACUCCAUCCACUUCUUCACCCCCUUUAUUUUAGGACACAGUGUCUUCCAAUCGGAGGCUUUUUUAAGCAUGUAGGAUGUCCACUGAGGGACUAACAGGGAAGAGGAAAAUGAGGCUAAAAAAGCGAAAGAAUGAAAUAAUCGCAUGCUUGUGGCUUAUAUCUUCAGGAGCCUGUUGUAGAGCUGAAGAGCUGUGGUGGGUUUCAGAGCUGCGAUUAAAGCUCUGCCCUUUUAAUCCACACUCGAUUUAUAUGGCACAUCAUACAUCACUGGCUUAGACAGAUAUGGUAGAAGUCACACACUCUAAAAGCUCUUGGCAUCUAUGAGGACUUUGCUGGAGCUGAUGCUUGCUGGAAAUGCUCAACUUUAGGCCUUGCUCUAGGUGUCCCUCUUCUGAGGUUGUGAACACAAUGGCUAGCUAGUCUAUUGUUGAGAACUUUGGUCCUUUGGACUAAAGGCUCACAUAGACAUGUGUAGGUAGGGGUGUGAUGUGGUUCAGCCUGUGUUGUAUAGAUACCACGUGCCAUUUUGCCUUUUUUAUUUGCUAAUGAAAAGAUAGAAAAGCCUAUUAAAACAGAUUCAACCACUUUACAUAAUAUAUAGGUCUACGUGAGCCUUUCUAACAUUAUUAAUAGCCAUUAUUAAAAGUUAUAAAGGCACACAGACCUGUUCAGAUCUUUUCCUUGCUCUACUCUCUGGUUGUAAACAUGAUUGCUAGUCUGUUGCUGGGCACUUUGGUCCUUUCAUAGAAACAAAACUCCUUUUUUCACAUUUAUAAAUAAUUGUUUUAAUUGUUCUAAAGACUCACAUAGACCUGUGUAGGUAGGGUGUGAUAUGUAAACACUCUGGUCGUAAUCACGAUGGCCAAUCUGUUGCUUAGCAAUUUUAUACAUAUUUAGAACAGUAGCUUCUCUUAUAACAUUAUUAAUAUUUUUAUUAAGAGUUAUAAAGACUCAAUUAGACCAGUUUAGGGUUUGACGUGGAUCAGGCUGUUUCUAUAACAUGCCAUUUUGCCUCUUUUAUUUGAUGAUAAAAGAUGGAAGUUGAUUUAAGCCAAUAGAUGUGUUUAGUCUACAGCGGUUUGUACUUUCUCAAUUUAGCUUACUGGUCACAGUCUCAACACAGACUCAACACAGACUUAAUAUAUUAUGACGGUCUAUAGCCCUUUCCGGACGGGAUUAGUUUCUCAGGGGACGUCUGUGAAAAAUAUUUCACAUUUCUACUCAGUGAUAAAACAGAAGGAUCAGUGAGUUUUUAGACUUUCUCGGUCACAUGAUAUCACAUUCAGUAGCUCCUCCAUUUUCACUCGCUGUUGUUUUAACAUGGAUCUCUGUGACAGCGCGCACCCAUAGUGUAAUUACGGUGCGUAGCAGUGGAUAAAAACAUAUUUUAUUAAAUGCAAGGUGAUUAAACUCAGAGAUGUGCGUCUGGACAAGACUAAAAUUACGGGAGGACCACCGCCGGAGAGUUCAGCGAAAAACAGUAACGUUAGGUAAUUCAGCCUUAAUUUUCUAAGAGGAUGAGAAAAUUACCACAGGACCUCCUGAGAAACUAAUCAUGUCCGGAUAGAACAUAUGUGAGCCUUUUUAACACAAUUAAUAGCCAUUAUUAAUAGUUAUAUAGACUCGAUAGACUUGCUUAGUAUGUGAAUAGGCUACCAAGUGCUAUCUUUGCCUCCUUUGUUUGCUGAUAAAAACAAUAUAGAAGCUAGUAGAAUUAUUCAGUUUUGGUUCUUACUUUCCCCAAUAUGGCUGAUCUAUGUUAAUGGAGACAGUAUCUUGGAUAUAAUAAUAAAAUCUGCUGUUAAUUUUAAUUUCUUGAGUCACAUAAAAGCAAUUAUCUGUUUACAGCUUUCCACACUACAGUGAGAUUUCCUUGCAGACUUCUCUUGCAGUUGUGGUGCUGUCUACUGCGUGCUGAGUUAGAAAGAUGGGUUAUAACAGCAUCACUCACAGCUCUCUAGGAAUAGUACAGAUGAAUAGAAACGGUAAAGAGGAAUUCUAGUGUGUGCUUUGCUUUCUCUACCCAGACUUUUAUAUUUCUGUUUCUCCAGAAAGUGACCAUGUUGAGGCAGAGGGUGUAAAUAUGUUUUAUUUGUUUCUUCUUAAAUAUCAUGCUUUCACAGGACUGUGUAACAUGCUUGGAGCUAAAGGAAAGAAACACACUCACACAUGGGUCUUUUGAGCAAUGCCAUACAGUACUAUGGCCUCUGGUAGAUUAGACUUUUCAGCUAAAGGUGGGAUUCUAAUGGCUUCUAAAUGCACUUGCAGGAACAGGUGUGCCUCUAACAGAUCCUCUAUUGAAGAAUUUAACGUGCAAAUCUGAAGAUCUAAUGCUAUGAUGCUGAUCUGUGGUGAAGAUCGCAUUUGUGACCUCAGCCUGCCGCUCAGAUUUGAGCAAAGAACAGGAUAAUAGAACAGGAUAAUAGAACCACAUUAUUAAGUGUAAUUACUACUGAAAGCGCCUGGGGGGCGCCAAACCCCUACAAAUCUAACACUGAGAACUGAGAACCACACCAUUCCCAUGUAGCAGACUCCUCAGUUUAGUCCUGAGCUCAGAUCAGUUUUCUAUCAUAUUCUUUUGUUUAAUUCUGUGGACAAAUGAGCUGAUCCCAGGACAGGACUCACCUGAGAUGAUCUGAGACCUACAGUGAGAUACACAUCUCGUGUACAGGAGCUCAGCUGGUUUCUCACUGGAUGAAUCGACUGGAAAAUGAUAUAAAUGUAUAUACUAUAAUAAUACUUCUGACUGUACAGAAUGAGCUUUGCUUGCCUUACUCUCUUUGAUGGUGUUCUUUGCAGACUUUAUUUUGAAGUGUUUUUUUUUUCUUCGAUCUCUACUCAUCAGUUGCCACUUUUAUAACAGUAGGAAGGGUUGUAAAGAAAGUAUUGUAAAAAGUGAUAUGUAUGUGUGUUGGUGGACAGUGUUUUUAAUUUUCUUACCUUCUCUAUAAUUAAAUUUUUGUCCUGUAUUUAUUAGAAAACACAAAUAUUGACAGUCCAAAAACACUAUAAUUGAGCCUGUAGUUAAAGUAGUUGGGAAUGACUAUAAUUUAAUUUAUUUAAAAUAAAAUAAAGUUCUUUUUAAUAGUGCACACGUAUCAAGCGUACUGAUUUUUCUGAAAGAACAAUUACAUUUUAAAGAGUAAAUUGUACAAGAAAACUAUCUCAGAUAUUCUUUAAUAAAAUGAAGGCUACAUUUAUAGGGACUUCAUAACAAAACAACAUUUUUAGUCACUGAACACAGAUAUAGUUUAUCAGACAAGGUGUAUCUAAGAUAUACGAUGUGUGCAUUUAUAGUAGCUAAGCUCAUGCUUACGAUAUGUAUAUAUAUUUAUAUGAGACCACUUCAGUUUCUGAAUCGGUUUAUCUGAUUUUGCUAUUUAUAGUUAUAUGUUUGAGUAAAAUGAACAUUAUUGUUUUGUUCUAUAAACUACAGACAUUUCAUAAAAACAUUUAAUUUAUAACAUUUGUUUGCAGAAAAUGAAAAGAGGAUGAAUUAACAAAAGAUACAGAGCUUUCAGACCUCAAAUAAUGCAAUGUUCAGAGUUCAGAAAUAAAUAUUAAUAAAUAUAUAUACAGAAAGACGUGGUCUCUGUUUUUUUCAGAGCUGUAUCUUUAUAUGCGAAAAAAUGUAUUUGCAACAAAAAUAAAUCAUAAAGCUAUGUACACUAUGGUUAGAAGAAAAUGAGUUGUGAGGAUAAAAAAAAUGAGAGGAUGGAUCUUAUUUAACAUUGUUACUAAAAUUGGAACAACAAGCGGUCACCCUAAAAACGUCCUGUUUUGUAGUAAUAUUCCAUUUUUAAAAAUGUGAAAUGACACCACAUACUGUGCAGAGUUAUUUAUAACAACAUUGUUUUGUCUGUACGAAACAAAUUGAUGCGUUUAAAGAGGGUUGAGAUACUCUUUUUGUGUAUAUUUGAAAAUAUGAAGUUGGUGACUGUCUAAGCCAAUUGUUUAAAAGUUUAACCUAGCAUUAGCCUAGCAUCUCUAUUCCUACACACAUCUCCAAGCACACAUCAGAUAAACACCUAUUUUUUGGCGGGUUGCUUGCAUCAGGAGUAACUAAUGCAUCAUGAUUUAGAUUUUUCUCUUAGCUACUCACUUAACUGGGCCUCUGAAGUCUGAACAGUACUGAGAAAUGAAGCUUCGUAGCACUUUUAUAAUCUUCUCUUCAGUUUAAAAGCAUUUUUAUGUCAUUUACUGCCCAUUUAACUUUAACGUAAAAUGACAAGACAGAAAUAUGCAGUUUGGUUGUUCUGAAUCAUUAAGUGCUUAUGCAUGCGUUAUGAAGCCCCUAUGUAGGUAUCCUUCAUGUUUAGUGUUGCUGAUUUUGUGAUUUAUAGAACACAGUUACACACUAAAAAACUAGAAAUUAAUCAUUCUACUGUUUUUUUUUUCUUCUUUUUUUUAAAAUCUGUUUAACACCAAGUUUGACUUGAAUUUUGAAGUUUUUGAGUUUGACAGAAGAUUGCACUUGAGGUUUAGACGGUACAUGUAAUCAGCAUCACAGCAUCUCCAGUAUCGUCAUGCCUAUGAAAUUAUUAUUACUUUUUUGGAUUGUUUUUCUCACCUCUUGGGAACAUGUUCUGCUGUGUGUUUGAGAUCAGUAUUAUCGUGCAUAGGACUUUAAUUUGUGAGAGAAUAUUCAGCACUACUAUAUCGUUUGUGCCAGUUGUGAAUACUCCACUGUUUUAGAGAAUGAGGAGGUAAUGGUGAUGUCAGAGGACUCAAGUACUGACUGACCUGACCUACAAACGCUGCAAAAUAAAUAAAUAAAUAGAGUUACUGCU